ACUUAAAGAUUGAUUACAAGUCUUUGGCACUUAAGUUAAAAUCAACAGCUAGUAAACGCUUCACUCUGCGGUAUGAUUAAAUGUGGAUAUUCACUUUGGGGAUUGCAACCGCGUAAAUGAAGGAGUUUUACAUGUUGCAGUACCUCAGCCAACCGUAAAGUGUCUCUUUUGAACCGUGCGUGAAUUACAUCACCAAGAUGGCGGCCGAGCAGUCUGCAAUUCGUCUGCUGGUGUCGAAUCCGACAUCGGUUUUUCUCGAUUGCUCCGAGCUACUGCUGCGAUAUGCCGAAAAUAUUAUACGAAAUCCUCAGGAGCCAAAGUAUCGCACCAUCCGGUUAGAAAACCAGGUGGUUCGGUCCCGGUUGGUACCAGUUCCAGGCGCACUGGACUGCCUAAAAGCAAUGGGCUUCACUCAGAAAGAAGAGAAGUUGGUUCUUCUACCCGAUACGCCUCUGGACGCUGUGAUAAAAAUCCGUGACCAGAUCACAGUAGAGAGGCUAAAACAACUUAGCCUGGGACAGCAGACCUCUCAGGCUGCUGGAACGUCUGCUCAAGCAACCUCCCAACCUGUGGGGGCCACCAGUGGGCCUGCGGCUAGUCUAGUAGCUGGGAUGUCGUCCACACCUGUGCAGACCACCCCUCAAAGUCAAGUGGUACAGUCCAACAGCAACAUACUGGCAUCUGAAAGACAGUUCUACGCACGACUGGAGUCCAGUUUUCAGCACGUUCUGAUGUACGAGGACCCCGUACUACAAGCGAAGGCUCGCAGUCUCAUACCAGAGGAAGAUCUGAGAGCCAAGGCACAGGAAAAACUCAAGGUUCUAGAAGAGCUUGAGAAAGAAGAGGCAAAAACUGAGAAUUCCCCACCCCCUCUCACCUUAGAAGACCUCAUCUUGCCAGAGCUGAGGCGAUGGUUUAAGAAGGAUUUUUUCAAAUGGGUGGACAAGGCACCAUGCGAAAGAUGUGGGGGGAGGACAACGGCUGCUGGAAUGGCCAACCCCACCCCCGCUGAACAGAUGUGGCAGGCCGGGAGGGUGGAGCUGUAUCAUUGUGCAAGCUGUCAAUCACAGACACGGUUUCCAAGGUAUAACCACCCUGGCAAACUGCUUGAGACCAGAUGUGGUCGCUGUGGAGAGUGGGCCAACUGUUUCACACUUCUGUGCCGUGCACUUGGGUACGAGGCUAGACAUGUGGUAGACUGGACAGACCACGUUUGGACGGAGUGCUUCUCGAAUUCGCAACAACGAUGGCUGCACGUCGAUCCGUGCGAAAACGUUAGCGACAAACCGCUCAUGUACGAGGCGGGGUGGAGCAAGAAGUUGAGUUACGUUGUGGCGUUUUCCAACCAGGAGGUUCGUGACGUGACAUGGAGGUACUCCUGUCGUCACCAGGAAGUCUGUGCCAGGAGGAAGGAGUGUAGAGAAAGCUGGCUCAGGGAAACUGUCAACAGGAUGAACGAAAAGAGACAAGCAGGUCUUUCCCAAGAGAGGAAAGAAGAGUUGGUGAGAAGGUAUCUGGUGGAGCUGGUGGAGUUUAUAUCACCACGGAAACCUGGAGAGAAGGAGAUGGGGGGGAGAACCACGGGGUCUGUGGCAUGGAGGCUGGCCAGGGGGGAACUAGGCACACAGAAGGACAAGUCAAAGGCUGAGCCGUAUGUAUUCAGACUGAGCGAACAGGAGAAGAAGGGAAGACUGUUCCAUCUGGUGUACUGCACAGCUAACGACAAGUACACCCGGCUCUACAACAACGUGGACAUGAAGGUUGGCUGGGAGAACUGGGCACACACAGUACAGGGUGUAUUCAGGAAGGAAGAGCAUGAUUGGAACAUGUGCUAUCUUGCCAGGACAGAGGGCGCUACUACAGGUUCUGUGAGUUGGAAGUUUGACCUUGAGGGUUCUGGGCUCUGUGUACAGGAGAUCAAGGUCGUGACACGUAGCCAGACGUUCGAGAACGGCUCUGUGUCUUGGCGGCUCUGCUCUGGCGACAAGUGUGUUCUGUUGAACGGAGAUGCUGAAGGCACAAAGACUAGGGACCUAGAGGGAGUGACCAGCUUUAUGCUGACCGCUGAACUCCGGGGCGGCCAGGGCGACAACGCCUGGCAACACGCACAGCUGUUCAGACAGGCACUGGACAGGACAGAGGAGUUUCCACUGGACAUUCAAGUCCACCUCAAACCUGUAUAGACAAUGGUAGUUUUUUUUUAAUUCUCCUGUCAAACUUUUGACAGAUGAACAGGCACUUGCCGGUGGGUUGGGCAACCUGUUUGCCUGACCUGCACAUAACUUUUUAAGGUGAAGGAGGGUUGUGCAAUUCCUUCUCCACCCUCUCGUCUAGUGGCGCACAGUCUCACAGGGACAAGAACUAGAUAAUGGUAGUGAUAUGCACACAAGGACAUGUUGAUUUGAUUAUAUGAUGACUUCAGAGUUCUAGCCAGCAUCCAUCCUUCCGUACUUUGAAUGAAUUUUGCAGCUGGGGACGAACAAAAAUUUUUGACCAUUCCAUCUUCAGUGAUGGACAAAAAUCAGAAUGUUAAGAUUAACAAAUAAAAUUUUGCAAAGAUCUCAAGAAAUUCGGCACAGAUGCCAUUGAAGUAAGCUGAGUCUACUCUAUAUUAGCAAAGUUUGCCCCUCAAAAUGCAGGAAAUAUUGUUUCUUAGGGUCUAGAUUUCAAAAUUUGCCCAGACAUCCCUUGGACCGUCGCAUGGAAGCCUCUGGAUUUCCGUUCAAAAUCCAGGUAACAAAAUUUCAGGCUGGCUAGAACACUGCACUGGACAUAUUUUUAUCUUGAAAUGUUCUUAGUGUUUUUAAUUUCUGGGAAUAUAUGUUUCCAAUGUAUUGGCAUGUUAUACCAUACUGACCAUAAGUUUGCAAUAUUAAGUCAUUAAUAAAAUAGUGAAUUUACAAUA